UCCCCACGUGAAGUGCUCCGUACAUGUGAGGAGACGUACGUCCAGUUUCAGCAGUUUACUGAGUGGUUUUAAGACCGCUACGUCCCAUAUUUCCAUCUUAUGGUUAUCGAUAGCAGCAGCAUGGAGCCCGCAGAGGAGGAGGCGCAGCUCGGCCAGGAGUCAGAGGAUGAGUACAGCGAGUUGUCCGACAGUGAGCUUCAAGAAGCUUUCUCAAAAGGGUUGUUGAAACCUGGAAUGAAUGUAAUGGUGGAGAAAUCCAAGAAGUUCGUCAACAAUGUGGAGGGGAUGAAGCAUUGUCUGGCUGACUUGCGUAAAAAUCUUCCCUGGGUGGAGAGGUUAGACCUGACCAAUCUGCCAGCUGAAGACAUUCUCAGCAAAGUUGAGGGGAAAGUUUCAGCUCUGGCCAAUGGAGAAGUCAAUGCCAACGAUGACUUCCAGAGGGAGAUGUUCUUCUACCGCCAAGCUCAAGCUGCAGUCUUGGAGGCCCUGCCCCUCCUCAACAAGCACGGCAUAGCCACCAAGAGGCCCGACGAUUACUUUGCAGAGAUGGCCAAGUCAGAUCAGCAGAUGCAGAAGAUCAGGAAAAAGCUGAUGUCAAAGCAGAUGAGUCUGGAGAAGUCUGAGAAGGCCAAGAAACUACGUGAACAGAGGAAGUUUGGCAAGAAGGUCCAAAUAGAAGUGAUCCAGAAGAGACAGAAGGAGAAGAAGGCGAUGAUGACGGCUGUAAAGAAAUACCAGAAAGGAAUGACGGACAAACUGGACUUCUUAGAAGGAGAGAAGAAAACGGGUAAAGAUUCUUCUGAAGCGUCAAAGAAAGCAAUGAACAAGAAGGGCCCCAACGCUAAGAGAAAAUACAAGGACAAGAAGUUUGGCUUUGGAGGCAAAAAGAGUGGAAAGAAGUGGAACACCAAGGAGAGCUUCAACGAUGUUUCCAGUUUUCGUGCCAAAGUGGCUCAUGCCAAGGGAGGGAAGAAAGGCAAAGGAGGAAAACAAAAUAAACGUCCGGGCAAGUCUGUACGCAAGAAGAUGAAGAGUCGCUCGUAAAAAGCUGACAGGCUGGUUAACAGACUGGACUUGGACAUUGCUUCUAGGCAGGAUUUGCCAGACCUGCUCACUAGUUGUGUAGGGGAACACGAGCUGUUCUUCUUCACUUUAUAUAUAACAUGCCUUCGAUAAAAUGUGUCAGGAUUGAUGGAGGACAACGUAAACCAGCUUCAAGCCACACAGAGAGACGUCCUGUCUCAUUGCUAAGAAGGCUGUUUGAAGGACCAGACAACUAAAGUCAAGAGCGGAUUGCAUUGAGCGACCCAAGUUGCUUUACUACACGCAAUUUCCAUAAGGCUCAUAAAGAGAAGUUAAUUAAGUAAUGACCAUAGAUAAGUUUUUAUUGUCUGUGGCCGCUAUUGUCUCUAUAGGGUGGAUUUAGUGCCCACUCUGUUAUUACACCUCAGUAUUUACUCACACCUCCCUGCUGUCCGGUUGACACUGUGUGUUCUUCUGAGUCUGGUGUAUUCUGUUUUAUUUUUUCUAACUCGGCUCCUUGACUCAUUGAUUCUCUCCCAUGUGACAUGGCAUUUUAUAAUAUUGAGCAGCUGUCAGUUUUGCCCUUUCCUAUUCAUUAAUAUGAUUAGUAUGGGUUGGGUGAAUGUGCUUUGUAUAGACCUGUGCAAAUGUUUCCCCUGCCAAGUGUUUUUCUUAGUUUGCUAAGAUGGAAAUACAGAAAGGGCAGACUGUGCUGACACCUGUGUGUUUGUAUGAUAAACAAAUUCAUUUGAACUCA